CGGUCACGGCAGUUCCGGCAACACUACUGUCGCACUGAGUGAGCGAUCACACCACGCUAGAAGGGAUGGAAACCGCGGAUACAUCUCAGUCUCGUGAUGAAACCACGACGAGGGCGGACAGAAGGUCAACUAACGACAUGCCCGUCUCGGAGGGAAGGAAAUCACAACGAAAACGCAAACCAGGGGAACAAGCGACGCCGCACAAAAUCAUCGAGAAACGACGCCGCGACCGCAUCAAUCAGAGUCUAGACGAGCUGAGAGCGAUACUGCCGGCUAGUAAGAGAUCCCAGGGCGUGCGCAACGACAAGGUAGAUCUCCUACAGAUGACGAUUGACCAUUUGAAGGAGCUACAGCAGGCGACGCAAGUCGCUCAGAACGGCUCGCAAGAUAAACACAAGAUGAGCUUAGAGAGUAUCCACGAUGUCGGUUUCACUGAAUGCAUCAAGGAAGCGAAGCGGUUUCUCAUCGAAAACGAAGACGUCAAUCCGACGGAUCCACUUCUUGUCAGACUCGUCGGUCACUUGGAAGACCGAGCGAAGCAGCUGUGCACGUCCAGCAACGCAUCGGACAACGACCCUCAUUCGCCCGUAAAACGGGUCGCCGCCGAGGAGACGGUCCUCACAGACACCGUCUACCCGUCCCCAUCCGUAUCGUGUGCCGCUGCUGCCGUAACUGCGGGUAUGAACCUCAACGCUGGCAUCAAUCCACUACAAGAGAUGAACGGGUUGGAAUUGAUAUCAAGUGUCGCUGAAAGCAGUCGACUAACAACCUCAAAGAUGCGAGAUAUUGUGCAGCCUGUGGAUGCAGCGGCGAGUGCCGAAACGAAGGCGAUGCCUACAGGUCCGGCGACGACAUCCGGUACGAGCUCGGUCGCUGCCCCAUAUCAAGGACUUCCCGUGUACAUACCAGUCAGUGUGUUCUCGCCUGAACGUCAAGCAGUCGCCACACAAUCGAUCACGGCGACUGCUCCGUCCAUAUCAUCCAUCCCCAUCGCUCUGAUCGCAAACGCGGCCAUCGCCGGCAGUCAGACGACACCAGAAAUGCCGUUGGGCGUCAUCUCUCAGGGUCAGCCCGCCAUUCCUGGUGCACAGAUCGCCCCGAAACUAACACAGGGAAACUACUACGCGUACUGGCCUCAACCGUAUGUCACAAACGCAUGGAAAUGAGUGGAUAACAAACGAGUGGGUGACUGUGUUUGUAUGGGGAUUGUAUAGGUGUGUGAGUUUAAAAUGUCGUUGGACAGUAUACAUAACUAGCUCGUGUCUGACGAGAUUUCAUGUCACUUUCAGCUGUUUUUCAGACGUACGGUCGGAUUUUAGUUGAGUUUUACAAAUGAGAACAUGAAGACGUUACGAGCACUCGACAGUGAGAAGGUAGUGUAACUAAGUGUAGCGAUUGAUGUAAUGUGAAGCGUAGGUAAUGUGUAUGGAAAGAAAUGGGUUUCAUACGUUGAGCA